CGUCCACGCCAGAAAGCCAAUCUCAUCACAUCCUUCCUCUCUCUCUCCAAUAAGCUGUGACCCCUUCUUAUCCCUCUCCCAUUCUCAACGCCAAAGCCUUCUUCUGAGAGAUCUCACUGUCAAUCUCACUCAUGGCUUCCCUCUCUGUUCCCAAGCACUCUCUUCCCACCUUGCUUCACACUGAAAUUCCCGCACAUUCAUCUUCUCAAAGCCUCCCUUGUCUCCCCAGAUCCUCCAAUUCUCAGUUUUGUGGCCUUAAAUUAUCUCAUUCCUCCACUCUGUCAAUCCCUCCUCCUGCUUCUUACUCAUCCAUGAGAGGUUCCAUUUUUGCUAAGGUGAGUAAAGGUUCGAAGCCACCUCCGUUCACUCUGAAGGAUCAGGAUGGGAAACCUGUAAGCCUCAACAAAUUCAAAGGAAAGCCCGUGGUUGUCUAUUUCUACCCUGCUGAUGAGACCCCUGGCUGUACCAAACAGGCUUGUGCUUUCAGGGAUUCUUAUGAGAAAUUUAAAAAAGCAGGUGCUGAGGUUAUCGGGAUUAGUGGUGAUGAUUCCUCCUCUCACAAGGCUUUUGCAAAGAAGUACAGACUUCCGUUUACUUUACUGAGUGACCAGGGUAACAAGGUGAGGAAAGAGUGGGGAGUGAAGGGCGAUUUCUUUGGAGCAUUGCCUGGGAGAGAAACCUACGUCCUUGACAAAAAUGGGGUGGUUCAGCUCAUCUACAACAACCAGUUCCAACCAGAAAAGCAUAUUGACGAGACUUUGAAACUACUUCAGAGCAUUUGAGGCUUCCAUUUUUUUUUUUUUUUGGUUCUUGUCUUGCUCAGCCUGUCUCAGAGCUAGCCAAGUACGCAACUACAAACUGUAAUGUACUCGCCAUGUAACUAUAAUAGUUAUAGCUGAUAUUCUGGACUGUUUGUUCAUAGGGAGAUGAAAAGAUGCUUCUUGUACUAUCAUGAUUUUUGCUUUAGAUAAGAAAGUAAGUUCACUUAUAGUGUA